AUGGUAGAGGACUUAGCAGCUUCCUAUGUUGCUUUGAAAUUGGAGAAUGAAAUUCUGCAGGCUCAAGUGAAGAGGCUCUUGGAAGAAAAUGCUGCCCUCCAGGCCCAGAUACCAGAGCUCCAGAAAUCCGGAGCUGCCAAAGAGGAUGAACCACUCCGAAAGUCCUCAGAGGCCCAAGAGCCCCCAGAGUCCCCAGAGCUACUGGAACCUCCAGCAGCCAGGGCCUCACCAAAGCCCUAUGACCCCCCAGAGACCAGAGAGUCCCACAGUCCCCCAGAGCUCCAGAAGCUCUCAGCCUGGAAGCCUCCUGCAGCCAAGGAACCCCAGGAGAUCCAGAAGGCUCUGGAGUCCCCAGCAACCCAGAAGCCCCAGGCAUCCUCAAGGGGUUGUGAUCUCCCAGCAGUCUGGGAGGCCGGGUCCACAGACACCCAGGGUACCCCAGCCAUCAAGGAGCUCCAGAAUUCACAGCUCCACAACCCUACAAAUGAUGAGGAGUCUCAGAAGGUUCCAGAAUACCAGGAGACCUCAUCACAGCUGGAGCCCCUUGAGCAUCCAACUAACCAGGAGCCUCUGGAGCCUUGGGUGCCCCAGGAGCCCCUGGACUCCUCAGAUGCAUAGGAGUUCCUAGAACUCUCAGUACCUGAGGAAUCCCCAGAGGGCCUGGUAGUUGUGGGAACAGCAACAGCUUCUGCAUUUCCACAGGCCCAAAGCAGAUUAGAUGCUGUAGCUUUGCCCCUAGAGGACCCUUUGGCUUUCAAUGGGGAUUCUCAGAAACUCUUUGAGUUUUUAGUUCAGUUGAACAGUUACCUGAGAACCAGAGGGCACCUGUAUCCCACUGAAGCAGCUCUAAUAAGUUUUGUUGGCAGCUUCUUCUCUGGUGAGGUAGGAAGGCUGUUCCAGUCCUUAGCAGAUAUCCAAAGCCCCCUGGGGGAACAAUUUGAAAGGUUCUUUCGAGUGAUCCAGGAUACUUUUGACAAUCCAGAAAGCAUGGAAGUGGCUAACCAUGGCCUCCCUCAGCUGCGCCAAGGGGAAGGCCUUGUCCAUAGAUAUGCAACUCGCUUCCAUCUCAUUGCUCAGGAGCUAAAUUUGGAUGAAAGCACAUUCCACAUCCAAUUUCAAGAAGAGCUUGCCAGUUCUAUUCAAAACGAACUGUCUUGCCCAAGUCCAGCCACCAACCUAUCUGAUGUGAUCAUUGAGUGUGUCACCCUUGAAGAGAAGACAGGUGGGAAGGCUGAUUCUGAUUCAUCAUCCUCCGAAGAGGAAAAUGGGUCUGAGAGUCCACCAACUGAAAACCAGGCUGUUCAAGCUACAAGUAACCGCCCCCACCUCAGUGAAGCUGAACGGGCCAGACGCCGUGAAGGCCACUUGUGCCUCUACUGUGGCCAUCCUGGUCAUUUCCCCAGAGAUUGUCCUGUCAAGCCUCAUCGUGCCCAGCAGGCGGGAAACUUGGAGGCCCGGCGGUAA